AUGUUGGACAUUUCCGCAGAUCUAGUUGUUGUGGCAGCCUGUGAGUUUGAGAUGCCGUUUGACAAGCAUUGGUUGUUUGCCACAAGUUGGAGGCCACUUCAAUCGCUGCAGUCGGUGUGCCCGCACGCAGCAGGUUUCCAUGAAUCCUUUGCGGGUGUUCAGGAUGCGUCGGGCGAUUUUCUCUCGCGUAAGACAGCUACCUUCCCAAAUGCCCUUGCGCAGCGAUACGUAGAGCUGAUUGCCCCUCUUUUUCCGGGCGUUGUUGCGCCUGCAAGUGAAGUCACGCUUGAGCAAGCCACCGCGAGCGUCCCUGUGCGCCCAGAGGCAUCUUUUCCAAGGGCGUGUCAAGAUGGGGGUGGGAUUUACUCGGUUCCUGAUUGGGCUUCUCCGCCUCCUGGCACGUCAGAUGUCUUCAAAACAUUGCGUCGGGAUCUCAUGCAGCUGUUUGCCUCCACCAAAGCCCCUCUGCGCCUGCGCAAGCAGGUUGCGGAAGGCCGGGCUGAGCCUUUGUUCUCUGAAAGUGAAGUGGUUUCUUUGCGGGCCUGUUGGGGGAGUUGGUUUCGUGAGCAGGGUUUUACGCAGGAGGUUGAUUGGUCGGUAGCUAAGGGCCAGCCUUAUGCCUUGAAUGCGCUUGAGGUGCUGGCGCAAGCCUUGCAAGACCGUGAUGUUAGUUUGUGGCCAGCGUUGCGUGAUGGGGUUCCAACCGGGGUUGAGCGCGACAUUCCUCCAAGCCAUACAUUUAUACCAGUUCCAUGUUCAGAGGAAGAGACGGACCCUGAAGAUUUCAGAAUCUGUGCUGGCAACUGGCCUGGAGCUGAGGCCGACCCGUCUCUCCUGGAGGAAAUGGUUCAGGCUGAGUUGGAGGCCGGGUACAUUGAACCUGUAGACUCUUUGGAUGAAGCCAGGUUGGUUCGCAACACAGGCAAGCGGUUGUGGGCGCGCGUGGCUGACCCGUCAACUGGUAAGCGGAAGGUGUCGGAUACCAGCUUGCGUUUCCUGCAGUUUUGGCAAACAUGGUGCUUGCGUCCUCAGAUCUUCCGACCACUGGCUCUUGCCUUUUUUGACCCUUCCGUUUCGUUGGCUGCAGACGCUUGUGCUAGUGCCGACAAGAUUGGUGUUGGGGGCUGGGUUCUGUUUGAGGGUCAGCCACGGGCAUGGUUUUCUGAGUCUUUCCGGGUUUCGGAUUUUACUUCUUUGGGGCUCCCCAUGAAGGCUGAGGCCAACCUGGACCUUGUCUCGUAUGAGACGUUGGCUCAAAUCGG